UCCUCUGGCAUCAGUGGACGUCGAGUGUGUGGCUGCUGAAGCCAAACAGGCUGCGCGGUGCAGAAUCACCAGUUCGCACAGAGUUUGAUCAGGUGGGAGUCUUUUGCGCACGCAUGUUUUUUUUCCCCUUUUUGAGCUGAAAUCAAAGUUUGGAAUUACUGCUAUUUUUCAAAAGUAAGUGCGCGUUCACUGACUGCAUGAAAUAGCUGUGGAGAUUCGGAGCUCUUUGACCUGACGAGCUUGCCUUUUACUAUGUCCGCUGAGGCGCAUUCACAUUUGGGACUGCAGAAAACCAACAUGGAUUUCGUCAGCGACUUCGACUUGAUGAAGUUCGGCGUCAAGAAGGAGACGAUGCAGGGGAUAGACCGCUCUUUCAUCGGACCAUGCAGCCAGCUCCAGAGACCAGACUCUGUUUCCUCCACCCCUGGCAGCACACCUUGCAACUCAGUACCCUCAUCACCAAACCUCAAUCCUAACGAGCAGAGAAAUAACCCCGGGGGCGACCAGUUCUGGAUACCCAACAACGGGGGUUACCCUCAGCAAAUGUACCCUCAAGCUUUUGGCCUGACACCCGAGGACGCAAUGGAGGCCCUAAUCGGCGCCACAGCGCAGCACCCGUCAGCGCCCCACGGCCACCAUCCGCCACCUUUCCAAGCUGAAUACGAAGGGUACGGCCACCUGAACGAGCCUGUCCAGCACUAUCCGGGACUCCCGGGUCACCCCGACAUGCAAGGCAUCCCCAGCAGUCACUGCCAAGACCCGUAUCUCAAAGACGACAUGGAGAGCGCGUCCCCUCAGUCACCGGAGUCCCUGCAGAUCCUCGGUGCGCACCACCAUCUCCCGCAGCAGCACAGCCGCCACGACAGGCGAUCCAACGCCGAUGCCCACUUCUCAGACGACCAGCUGGUGUCCAUGUCCGUUAGGGAGCUCAAUCGGCUCCUCAGAGGCCUCAGCAAGGACGAAGUGAUGCGUCUGAAGCAGAAGCGCCGGACCCUGAAAAACAGAGGUUACGCACAGUCCUGCCGUUACAAGCGCGUCCAGCAGAAACACAUUUUGGAGCACGAAAAGACCAGCCUGGUGUCACAGGUCGAGCAACUGAAGCAUGAACUCAACAGACUGGUCAGGGAGAGGGAUGCAUACAAACUUAAAUGUGAGAAACUGUCCGGUGCAAACUGUUACCACGAAACUGGGUCUACCAGUGAUAACCCUUCCUCACCCGAGUAUUUAAUGUGAGUUUGUUAAUUUCCUGCAGAACUGAUUCUAUUCCAUAGGGAGGCAUAAUGUUGACAGCUCGCCUUGCUCUAUAACAAACAACCCCAUGGAUUCACCAAGUUUCAUUAAUGUUGGACAUAAGGAUAUCACUCAAAUAAUUGUAAUAGAUAGCCCUUCAACAAGGCAACAAGUUAUGAAUGAAAAUAACAGUGAAGCAUGCAUGCAGGACAUGUAUGAGAUGUUUUUGUUUUAUACAGGCAUAUCUGUAUUUUGUCUGAAAGGAGAUACUUGAAAUCAGAGAAUAUUCCCUUUUCAUUACUACACAACUUUUAAUCCUUCUGCUUUAUAAGUGCUCAAUCUUCAUUUUGGUGAUUUUGCUUUGCUUAAUUUUUGUAGCUCAAAUUAUAUUUUGUGUUCUUGCUUGAAAGAAUGAUGCUAGAAAUGACAUUUCCAUUAUUUUUAUGAAGCUGAUUCUGCUGGGCAGACAUGUUCCUUAUUUGCUUUUCUUAUUAAGAUAAUAUAUAAUUAUGCAAGUUGUUUUUCAUUUACUAUGUUUUUCAUUUAUUAUGGAUCAAUAAACUUAU